AUGAGUAUAUGUAAUAGCAAAUGGGAGGAGAAAGCAUAUAUAGAGACAAAUUGGGAACAAGGGGGGUUACGAGAAACGGUCGAGAAGAAAACAUGUCUGAUAGUAACAAAAAAGGAUGCGAAGGACAAAGGGGUAGAAAAUAUAAUAAAGGACGCGGGAGAGGAUCUGGCAGAAACACUAGAGGAAGUGAACGAGGGAGAAAUCAAAUUCCUUGAGAACUUUAGGAGGAAAGAAAAUAAAAAAACAAUUUGGUACACGUUUGUCGCUGGAAUAGAAAAAGAAAGUGGUGGCGAUAUAUACGACCUAGCAGAAAAGGCUAUAACUAAAAUUAAGAAAGAGAUGGAUGAAACACCAAAGGUUGUACGGGUCGUAGCCGGUAACGACCUUAACAAGGAGAUCAUAAGGAAAGCCCUCGAAUAUGUGGGGCGGAGGGAAAGUAUCUCAUGGGAGAUGAUAGUAAGAGGGAAGGAACUCGAGGUAGAGAAGAAGUCAGAACAAGAAGAAGCCCUCCUUAUAAAGAUGGGGGGGAAAAAAUAUAACGAAGUUCUUAGCGAAAUGAGAGAAAAAAUCGACAUUGGAAAAAUCGGUCUACAAGUGGAGAAGUUAAAAAGAACGAAUGGGGGAGAUCUCCUUGUAAAGUUAAAGGGAAGAGGGGCUGCGGAGAAGUUGAGGGCUGAACUGGACAGCAAAAUGAACGGGAUGGACACGGCAAUCAGAAGAAAAGAGACUUUCUUCACGAUUACGCGGUUGGACCCUGGGGUUGGUGAGGAAACUCUAAAGAAAAUGAUAAAGAGCUAUACAGGCGUUCCUGAGAGAGAGAUAGAAGUCAAGGUUCUACGAACAAACAGAUAUGGGGAGCAGGUAGCUACGAUAGCCGUACGCCCCUCCAUAGCGGAAGAGCUGAGGAGGUACGGCUCAAUAAAAAUAGGGUGGGUUGUGUGUCCAAUAAUGGAGAGACACAACCCAGUUAGGUGUUUUAAGUGCCUAAAGUUCGGGCACAACACUUACGAAUGCAAGGAAGAGAGCAGGGCGGCGUGCUGCUAUAAUUGUCUCCAAACGGGACAUACCGUUGCAAGCUGCGGUAAUAAACCGUACUGCUCGGUAUGCAAAGAAGAAGGGCAUAGGAUGGACAGGAUGGCCUGUCCGUCGUACCGAGCCCUUGUAUACGGUAGGGGAGGAGAGGGGAACCCCUAA